AUGGAGUGUCAUUAUAGCAAUAACGACAAAGCUACCGCAUCCGGGGGAGCCGAUGCGCCAAUACCGAGGAGCCAGGGUAUUGGUGGAAAGACAUUGACUGGCCAAAAAAAGGAAAUCCCACGACUCCUUACACCUAAGUCGAAACUGCGACUUGGAUCGUGGAACGUGCGGACCGCCUUUCACUGCGGUCAGAAAGAAAUCAUCGCAAGGGAGUUGAGCAAGUGCCGGGUUACUGUUGCAGCUUUAUCCGAACUGAGGAUCAGCGGCUGUGGAACGACAAGAGUGCAGGUUCCUGCUACGGACGAUUGGAUGACACUGUACUACUCUGGCGGUCAAGAACAUCGUGAUGGUGUUGGCACGGUUUGCUACGUGGCAGACGUGGCUGUGGUCCUGAUAAGAUUAUAUCAGUGUGGUAUCGUCUCUUAUCUGCAUGACACGCUUAUGCCACGUCAAAUAUACUUCAAAACGAUAUAUGAACCCGCGAUAAUGAUUGUUCUCAUGAUAUCCAAUAUAUGGAGCUUUGUCGUUAGAACAACAUGGUUGAAGUUCCAUCUGGCGCUCCGAUGGACGCUGAUACGACGAUGCUUCCUCAAUUCCAGCAAAAACGAUGCUCCUCGAGCGCUUCUCGGCGUCAACGGCCUCUGA